UUAUUUCGGGGGGGGGGGCAUUUUACAUCAGCUGUGUUUGCGACAUACACAAUUAAUUUUGUGCAGUGCUGCGAAAGGAGUAUGGGAUGCACUGAGAGAAGGGGACGCGAUCAAAAUAAGCAGGCCGAGCUUGCAAGCUAUGCUAUGGUCAUUUUUAAAUCCUUAAAUUCUUUAAGGCAUUUAAAAUUUAUUGGCUCAUUUAAAUACAGCUUCUGGUUUGGAGGUUGGUGUUUGUGUGUGUGUCCCCGUUUUCCUCCGCCGCUUGCUGGCAAUUUCCCGGUAGACUGCUCCUGUCCAUGGAGGUUUUGUGCAGCCGCCACCCUCUCUCCUUGGUGCUGAUCCGGAGCCAACGGAGGGGCUUGAAUUGUGUUGCUGAAUCAAAGAGGAUGCUCUCAUGUCCUUUCUGUCAGUCAAAUGUUCCUGGGACAAUCGCAAAGGAUGCCGUCCUCAACGCCUGCUACCGGGGCUGCCGGCUGUUUUCCAUCUGUCAUUUUGUGGACGCCACGGCCGACCUGAACGCAACGAGAGUCGAGUGCGAAUCGGCCUGUAUGGAAGCUUACGCUGGCGGCGAUGAACAGUUUGGCUGUACGACGGGAUGCAGGACUCAGCUGCCGGAGACAGACAGACGGGGAGAGAAGGUCCUGGACCCAAAACCCGCCUCGUUCUCCGUCUUCGACCUGGUCUCCAGCUUCUGCAAUGAUAUCGUCAGCUCGGCGCAGAGUUUCAUUUCCUCCACGUGGACCUUCUACCUUCAGGCUGACGACGGGAAAGUCGUCGUUUUCCAGUCUCAGCCAGAGAUCGAGUAUCCGGUUCCAGAGGUCCAGGCACCCAAAUCGGAGGUUUUGGAGAAGGCGUGGGCACCAUCCACCUCCAACACUUUGAAGCCCCACACAGGCCUUCGGGAGAAACCCCCCGUGGAGGAGCCGAAAGCCAGAGGGAAAUCGUCGCCCCCGGCAGAGACCCAGGCGCCCCCAGAACACGACUUUCUGGGCUGCAUGUCCAACCAGUUCGAAGCGUCCGCCCCCUCCAUGGCCGGCCAUAAUCUCGUCGUCUCUCUCUGGCGGGGGGCCUCUGGGUGUUACAGACGUUCGGGGCUGCCGCGAUGGAUCCUGGCCGCUUGUCUCUUCCUCUCCAUCAUGGUGAUGUUGUGGCUCAGUUGCGCGAGCUUGGUGACAGCUCCUGAUCAGCACGUCAAGACCCAGCCCCUGAGUAUCAACGGAGACAAGGAAUAUCUGGAAGACCUGGAUAGCUCCCUUCCAUAUUCCCUCCGGCCCGUAAUCGCCGUCGCCAUCUGCCCGGCGGAGAACGAGGAAGCGGCGCUCCUGCCUGUCAAAGUGGAUUUAGACAAGACCGCCCUCUAAGGACGUCCCCUGCCCCAUAUCCCACCUUGAACCCACCGCCAACCUCCCCUUGUAUCCCCCUCCAACACCCCAGAUUACCUCCUGUUUUCCAUUAAGCCCCUCGCCGCCACACCACCCUUUCCGACAUCACCUGCUGUCUCGCCCAGGUUUCUUGAACUCGGUACCUUACCGGCAGAGGCGAAGAAGGCAGGGCCUCCUAUUUUUUAGCCGUGACGUCUUGCGGGUUGGGAAGGGGCAGGUUGUCGUGGUUUUCCAAACCACGAUUCGAAAUCAACUCGCCGUUCUCUGGGGAAAGGCUGCAGAAGGCUAGGCAGAGUCGGUCCUGGGUUCAAAUCGACAUGUCUCUGAGUAGGGCUGACAUAGGGGGCAGGCACACACCCACACCCCCCUGCCUGGAACGAUGCCAAACUCGACAGGAAAUUUGGCUCAGUAUUAAGGCAGCGUCCCUGCUUGAGUUCAGAGCGAAAGAGGACGAGAACCUCGCCUCGCUUCCGAGCUCAGCGACUCAAGAGUCCGGGGGGUCCCGAGUUCAGGUCCCGCCCUCUCCCAACAAGGCCUGGGUGCGAACGUCCCCUUCAUAUCAUUCGGAACCUGUGUCGUUUUUGGUGGUGCCCGUUUUUUGUUCCGUUUUGCACUGAUGUCCGCCGCGGGGGGGGGUGUCCCCAUCUCCUAACCCCCUCCCAGCACGCAACUCGUGACCCCCUGGUACUUAAGGAGGGGGGGGCCACACGCCAGCUUUGAUCGCUUGUACAUUUCGCCUAACGCUCGUUUCUCUUGUACAGAGGUUUAACUUAUUUCCCGCCUCCUUCGAUCUCUUUCUCCCGCCCUCGUCAGGUGGCCCUUGCCGUCCGUAACUUCUGAAGCGAUGAGACUCUUUAAAAAAACGCGUCCCCAAAUAUCAGGUGUGGAAGGCAGUUAGCCGGGGGGGGGGGAGAGAUAUAAUUUUGGGUCGUUUUGCUAUCCGUAUCCAUCCCAGCUUCCGCAACGGGUCACCCUGUGUGUAAAAAAAGCUGAACCGCCAUUUCUACAAUCUUCUCAACUGAAUAAAGCUGUUUUUUCCCCAAUU